UCGAUUGUGGUGUGGCCUCGACGCGUUUUCCCCAGCAAUCUUCGAGGCAAAACUGAAAUUGUUCUCAUGUGCAGUGACAACUGGGCUCUCAACUCAGUUUCUCGAGCUCGCAACUUUAUGAUGCGUCAUCGAAGGCUGUGGCUAAUUCCAACACCGAUGCAAGACUUCUCAUCCAACGAUGCAAUGGAACUUUGCUAUAGCGAAGUACGUGGAACCGAGGUGCCUACAAGAACGGAGAAUGGCUAUUUGAACUACUGUCUUGUAGCCUUUGCAACAUGCCCGAACGAAGAUUUUGAGGUGGUCUCUGCCUUCCCCUACCAACAAUACAUUGUUUGCUGUGUCAAACAGCCCUCUAACCUCCAGGACACACCAACGACAUUUCAAAGGGUCUCGACAUGGCCGGAGCACGUACGCUCCAUUGUUACUCUGGGUCGUAAAAGUCCACACGACGAGGAGAGGGUCAAGGACUUAGCCGGUCCCACGGAGCUUCAUCGGGAUUUAAAACCCGAAGCGGAUGUGGGAUGCCCCGAAUUUCAGCAAUACUCUCUCAUUCGGCGAUUUGUCAAGAUGUGGCGACCGAAACGCUAUAAGACGCUGAUUGCGAGACCCUCGAUUCAUCACCUACUGAAUGUCACUACGGGCUUUAAUGACAGUAAGGAGGCGUUCGCAAACAGAACAGGAAUGUGGUUGCAGGAUGGCCUGCUGCAUGCCAUCUUCUGUGAAUAUCAGACUAAUAGACCAGCGGAACCAAACACUGGUGUCUCCUGGCCAAUUGAUAACUACGCCAUUCCACAAUCAGUAACUGGAUGUCCGCCAGACUUCAUCUCAACCACCUUCGUCCACCUUCAAGGGCGAAACGGCUUCCACUAUUCACAGCCCAUUCAUCUGGCAGGCGACUUUAUUGCACAUUCUCGAGCAGUAAAGUUGAGUUAUUGCCACCGAGAAAUGGAUCCCUCACCAUCUCAUUGGAACAAGAAGCACACCACCUCUCUACCUCCAGGCCAUUACUGCGUUCUUCUCGUCGGUAGGCGAUGUCCGGCCGGGUUCACCGCUGGAAGUCUCUCUGUCUUUGAGGGUCUCCUCAAACCCAACGAAACCGAAGAAUACGUGGAUCCUGCGUCGAUUGAUAUUUCUGACCUACCAAUGGGUGCCGAGUCGUCGGCGCACAACGCACCGCGCAUAUUUCGUGAUAAGGUGGAGAAAGGUGACACCGGUUUGACAUUUGAUCGUGUCACGUAUAUGUUCUGCUGUCGUGCAGAUUCACCUUCUGCAUCCAUUCCCAUCACGGGGUUCCCCAAUGACACCGGGCCAUUCUAUCUAUACAGAGCCGGAGAAACGUGUCAGGAGAUAGCUGGAUUGCGUGCCACUGAGGAGUACAUAUGCAUGGAUGCACCAGAGUUUCUUGUGGGAACUGUCCACUCCUAUGCCAUCCAGAUGGAGGUUGUGGAUAAGACAUACCAUAUUGAGGGCUUUACACCUACUCUUUCCAUGUCGACUGAUCAUUGCAAUGUGAAGAUAAAUCUUUGCUACUACGAAUCAACCAUCCCCGAACCCGAAACUACUCCAGAAGGUGAGUAA